AUGACAUCGGUAACAAACAGUAUUAUUAAAUUAUAUAAAUAUGAAAGUUUCUUAUAUUUUUUUUUAUGGACUGGUGCAGUAUUAUAUUCCAUUUACAAAGUAUUUCUAAUUAAUACUUGUAAGAAAUUAAAUAUAUAUUUUAUAUUUAUGUACAAAUUAUAAAUAUAUUUUAAAAUUAUACAUAAUUUUUAGAUUUUAUUAAUUAUGAUGAUUUGUAUGGUGAUUUUGCACCAGGAUGGACAUGGAUUGGAAGGAAACAAGAUGUUUCUGAUGAAGAAUGGAGAAUGUGGAUACCAUUAAUAAUAAAAUUAAUACCUUGGUUAUUUCUUCAUCAUAUUAUUAAUCAUUUCAUCAAAAUUUCAUCAAAUUGUAUGGUGCGACGUUCUAGUCUAUUAUGUUGUUCGUACAUCUUUAUAUCUUUGUUAUUUUUGUAUUAUUGUAUUGGAAUAUUGGGCAUGUUGUGUGCAUUAAUUCAUCCAAGUAUACUCUAUAUUUUAACAUAUAAACGUAGCAGCUCUAUCAUAUGGAUGAUAAACAUAGUAUUUUUAUUUAUAAUACACUUUCUUAAAAUUCCAAAUGGUAUCUUCCAAAAUACAUUUAAAUUAAAUGAUGAAGAACACUAUAUUUUAACUCAUAUAAUAUGUUGGGUUCAACUGAGAAGUAUUAGUUAUAGUAUAGAUAAUAUAAAAUCACAUUUACAAAAUAAUUGUGAUAAUAUCUCUUUUGUUAUACAGAAUUUCUUAUAUAAACUGGCAUAUUGUUUAUAUUUACCUACAUUGUCUUUAGGACCAUUAAUUUUAUACCAUGAAUUUAUUGAUUCUGUAAAAAAAACAUCUCAAUCUUUGAAACUUGCAGAUCUCAGAAAUUUUUUUUUUAAUGUAAUUAGAUAUAUUUUCUGGAUAUUUUUUGCUAAUUUCUUUUUACAUUUUCUUUAUUUCAAUGCAAUGCAAUAUCAUCCAGAGUUUGUUAAAAGUUUAGAUCCAUGGACUUUGUAUGGAUUAGGAUAUUGCAUGGGGCAAUUUUUCUUAAUUAAAUAUGUUGUAAUAUAUGGAUUCAAUCAUACUUUAUGUGCAAUAGAUAAUAUAAAAGCCCCUCCUCAACCCAAAUGUGUAGCAAGAAUUCAUUUGUAUUCUGACAUGUGGAAAUAUUUUGAUCAAGGUUUAUAUAAAUUUCUUAUAAGAUACAUUUAUGUACCUUUGUUGAAAUCAAAUUUUAACAAAUUAUUCGCCUCGUUUUUAUGUUUUACAUUCGUUUUUCUGUGGCAUGGAAUGCAAACAAAUAUUUUUAUUUGGACAUUUCUGAAUUUUAUAGGGUUAAAUGUUGAAAGUUUAAUCAAAUCAACUGGAAAAAAUAAAUAUUAUUUAAGUAUACGAAAAAAAUAUUUAUCAGAAACAAAUGCGAGACGAUUUUAUUGCAUCUUAACAAGUCCUUUGUUAGCCAUGUCAGUUAUAUCAAAUUUUUAUUUUUUUGUUGGAGAAGAAAUUGGAAAUAUUUACAUCUAUAGACUAUUACAUGAUACAGGAUACAGCACAUUUACAUUACUCUUUUUUCUUUAUUGUUGUUGUCAAGUUUCUACAGAUAUAAAAAAUUGGGAAUUACAAAAAUAUUCAAAACUAUAAAACAUUGAUUUCACACCAUAGUAGAAAAUAUUUUAAGGAUAUAUAUAUAUAUAUUUUUUGCUUAUAAUUAUAUUAUCAAAUAACUUUUAAACAUUUUAUUGUUUUAAGUACAAAAUGAGUAUAAAAAUACAAUAUAUAACUAAAAUUAUUUUUUAUAUUAACAUUAUUAUAAGCCUUUAACGUUUAUUGUAAAUGAUAAAAAUUAGUACAAGGUAUAUGAAUAUUUUUUACGUAAUUAUAUUAUUGUAUUUAUUAUAUAAUGUAUUUAUUAAUAUGCUAUUAAUAGCCAACUUUAUAAUACUUACAAGGCACAUUAUAUUUCGUAAUAUAUAAAUUUUUGUAAUAUAAAUUUUAAUAAUUUCUAAAUUUUUCAUUUUUAUAUUUUAUAUAAUAUUUAACUAAUUUAUUUGUUUACAUAUUUUUAC